ACUAUUUGCAUUGCAAAGAACCUUAAUGGUUAAGGCUUAAGAAUAACAUAACCAAGUUAGCUAGAUUCUCCACAAUUCAAUACCCUGAUUUUGACUAGAGUGAGGAAGCAGAACAGAACCAGAGAAAAACAACACAAGUGAAAUUUUCAUUCAUGUUUGCAGAGAGCAAAGAGAUGUGGGCAGCGAUAAUCUGCGGUUUGGUGAUCUACAAAUUGUUCAGACGCUUCAUGUACGAUGAUGACAUUCUUGACAUUGAAGGAUCUGAUUCUUCAGCUCUAUUCUCCGUCGCUGAUAGGCUUAAGAAGCUUUACGGAGGAAAGGUGCAUGUGGGUCUUCGAAUUCCUGAUGCUGAUUCUGCUUCUCGACAGACCAUUGAUAUAGUUCUCGUCACCAAACAAGAGCUAGCAGUGAUUUCUGUGAAGAAUUUCUCAGGAAUUUUGGCAGUUCAUCGUGAUGGUAGUUGGGUCUCUGAAAAGCCAGGCAAGCAUAAACAAGAGACUCACCCUGAUCCUGUGGAAGAAGCUAGGAAGCAAGUUUCUAUCCUUGAAUCGUAUCUCAAACAAAGAGGGGUCGAUUUACCUAAAGGAUACAUAUCCUAUAAAGUUAUACUUCCAAAUCCUAAAUUAUGUACCCUUCCUGCAAGUGAUUUUCCACCUGAAGUUAUCACCCAUGAACAAUGGGUUCAACUUAAGCCAGGGCAUAAGAGUAUGUUUUCUAGUUGGGUAAAGAGUGCCUUUGGUGCUGGGAAGAAGGAUAUGCAAGAAUCUACUCAGAAUCUUGAUUUUGUACUCAGCACAGCUCCAAUAUGGGAUAGGCUGGAACUGAAAGGCAGCAAGUAUGUAUUGGGAGAGUUCCUUGAGUUUAAGGGAAAGCAAGAAGAUAUUGAGGCUUUAAGCUAUAUUAGAAGAUCAAAAGUCGGUCGUGUGACAAUCCAAAAGACAAGCAUGUUUGGACUAGCUCCUUCCAGGCUUCAAGUCUUAUACUCCUUGCGUGAUUAUAGAACUGAAGGAUCAUCAACACCACCAGAAUUGAAUGAAGUAAAUGUAAGAUCAAGCACUGAGAUCGUUUUUCAGCCAGAAAAUGCUUCUAAAGUCAGAAAGUUUAAGCUUUCUUCAGUGACCUCCAUGCUUCUUAGCGCAUGAAGUUUUACUCAAACUAAGAUAUCAAAUUUCUGUUUGCUCGACAUAGAAGCUACUCCUGCCAGCUCUCGUUAUGCAUAUAUAUUAAUAUACAGUUUUGUAUACACAUGUGAGAUUCAUAUUUAGGCUUUAGACAUCAUAUAUAACAUGUGCUUCUAAAAAUUUGAUUA